AGGGGAUUGGCAGCCACGUUUCAGGGACAGGCGGCCUAGCUCGGCGGCCCUGGGCCGGGCUCACUCAGGCUGCAACGUUGCCCGGUGGCCCCGGGAUCCUGAGCAUAGAAGAAGACGGUCCACUAGGACCCCAGAUCACGGGGCUGACUUCCCGGACCUCGGGUUACUCUUCGACUGCCUCCAGCGCCGGGUAGGGAUUGGAUCUUCCCCGCCAACUCAGAGCAGGCCGCCCGGUGAGCUCCCGGACAGGUAUUUACUCAAGAGAAUGCAACCUGUGCCUACAUAGACCUUCAUACAUGAACAAUCAUAGCAGCUUCAUUCAUAACAGCUCCAAGUGGGGAGCAGCUCAAGUGCCCAUCAAGGUAUCCUGACCUCCUGACCGGGUCCGUGACCUUGGGAAGCUGAACACCAACCCCUCUUCACCCAGAGGACGACGCCAGCGGCAGGUCAUGGGAGCGCGGCCCUCGCGACGGCAGAUGACUGAAGCUCGGCGCCUGGCUCUAACCAAGCUGCCCCCUGAGCUGCUGGUGCAGGUGCUGAGCCACGUGCCGCCUCGCGCGUUAGUGACCCGCUGCCGGCCAGUGUGCCGGGCCUGGCGCGACCUGGUAGAUGGCCCAAGUAUAUGGCUGCUGCAACUGGCUCGCGACCGCAGCGCGGAGGGCAGAGCCCUCUACGCCUUGGCCCAGCGCUGUCCCGCCGACGCCGACGCCGACGCCGACGCCGACGGCAACCGCCACGACGAGUUCCCAUUCUGCGCUCUGGCCCGAUUCUGCCUGAGAGCGCCGUUUGGCCGCAACCUCAUCCACAACUCCUGCGGAGAACAGGGCUUCAGAGGUUGGGAAGUGGAGCACGGCGGAAAUGGUUGGGCCGUGGAAAAGAAUUUGACGCUGGUACCAGGGGCUCCUUCCCAGACCUGCUUUGUGACUUCUUUUGAGUGGUGCUCCAAGAGGCAGCUUGUAGACCUGGUGAAGGAAGGAGUAUGGCAGGAGCUGUUGGACAGUGGCCAGAUUGAGAUCUGCAUAGCUGACUGGUGGGGCGCCCGUGAGAACUGCGGCUGCAUCUACCGGCUUCGAGUUCGCCUACUGGAUGAAUAUGAAAACGAAGUGGUCAAGUUCUCUGCCUCACCCAACCCAGUCCUUCAGUGGACUGAGAGGAGCUGCCGACAAGUCUCUCACGUCUUCACUAACUUUGGCAAGGGCAUCCGGUAUGUGUCUUUUGAGCAGUAUGGGAGAGACACGCGUUCCUGGGUGGGACACUACGGUGCCCUUGUAACUCACUCCAGUGUGCGGGUCAGGAUCCGUCUGUCCUAGCCGACCAGUCUGAUUGGGACUUCCAGGACACACUGCCUUCUCCCGGAUGGUGUUAAAACCAAAGGUGACUUUGCAGUCCCCAGCUGAUGGGUAUCUGGGGAAAAAAGGAGACCCUGUGUGUCCCUCCUGCUGUGACAAACCAGGGACUGCCAGCUUGUUCAUAGCUUCUGUCUCUCAAGCAGGGACUACCAUGAUGUGAUGCAGACAUCUCUAGGUUGCUAUGCCUGAGGACUACUCCAUGUGUGGAGGCCAAGCCAGACCUGAGAGCACACACUUCUGGUCCCCACAUCAAGGUAAACGGAGGAGGAUCUGGAGUUCAAGGUCAUCCCCAGCUGUAUACUGACUUCAAGGCCAGCCUGAGCUACAUGAGGCCCUGUCAAAAAAGAGAGAAUAUCCAAUAGACCAAGCUUGGGAUCAUAACAAAAGGAGAAAGCUACUUAUAAGAAGACAGUGACUUUAAAAAUUUUCUUAAUCCGGGGCUGGAGAGAUGGCUCAGCGGUUAAGAGCACUGACUGCUCUUCCAGAGUCCUGAGUUCAAUUCCCAGCAACCACAUGGUGGCUCACAACCAUCUACAAUGUGAUCUGAUGCCCUCUUCUGGAGUGACUGAAGAUAGCAACAGUAUACUCAAAGACAUACGAUAAAUAAAUACAUCUUUAAAAAA